AUGGGUCUUGUAUCAACGGAAGAAGAAAGAAAUUUAAGACGUUCUAGUAAACGAAGACUUAGUAUUGUAUUUGUCGCUAAUGACAUUAUUAGACAGGAACCUGAUGGUUCAGUACCGGCUGCAAAACCUAUUAUAUGGAAAGAACAGAGUGAAGAUUAUUUGGGACGGUCAGACGAUUGGGAUAACUUUCCAAAUGGUCGUUGGGGCAAUUCAAAAUCUCCUGGUGCUUAUGAUAAUUUUAUUUCAUGA